AUGGACUUUGCAGCCCUCAUGUCCAAGGAGCUGGACAAGUCCAAGAAGCCCACUUCCACAGCAGCAGCCUCCUCCUCCUCAUCGAAAUACAUCAAACGAGCCGACGUCGAAGCGAAGCGCAGGGAAGACUACCUGGCAGAACAAGCCCGCGUCGAGGCCGAGCGGGAAGCCAAGGCCGCCGCGAAACGCAAGCGCGAAGAAGACGACGCGGCAGAGAACAAGAUCCGCGAGGAGAAGCGACAAAAGCUCGCCGAGGAAUCACGGCUGCGGCGCGAGGAAAAAGAAGCCGAGGAAGAACGCGCGCGGCGGAAGCGGCUGGGGCUGCCCGAGCUCGUCAAGGCCACGGCCGAAGACGACGACGAUGCCGCCGUCGAAGAGGGCAUGGAGGACAUCCCCGACGGACAGCUCGCGGAGAAGCUGCGCGCGCUGGGCGAGCCGGCGACGCUCUUUGGCGAGGGCCACGGCGCGAGGCUGAGGCGGUACAGGCGGCUCACGACGGUGGUGACAAAGGGCCCCAUCCCGACGACGCUGCAGCUCGUGGAGGAGAAGGACAUGAAGGUGGACGCGGCCGUGCCCAAGGACAAGGAAGGUCGGCGGUGGCUGUUCCGCCAGCUGGCUUCCUACUUCACCAUGGUCCUGGCCGAGUACGAAAAGGCAAUGGAGGCGGAACGGCGCGACACAACGGCGAGCAAGACGGCGUACAGCGCCAUGGUUCAGAGCCGCGAAAACCUCAAGCCGCUCUUCCGCAAGUUCGAAAAGUACGACCUCGACGACGACCUCCUCGCGCCCAUUAUCGAAAUCGUCAAAGCCGCACAGGAACGCCGCUACGUCGACGCGAACGACGGCUACCUCCGCCUCUCCAUCGGCAAAGCCGCCUGGCCCAUCGGCGUCACCAUGGUCGGCAUCCACGAGCGCAGCGCCCGCGAGAAGCUGCACGACGGCGAGCGCGGGCACGUCAUGGGCGACGAGGUCACGCGCAAGUACCUGCAGAGCAUCAAGCGUCUCCUCACCUUUGCGCAGGUCCGCUGGCCGCCCACCGACGUCCGGCAGUUGAUGGGAUGA